AUGCAAUUUUUAGUAGACACGGGGGCAGAGGUUAGCGUCAUACCUCCAACAGCGGAACUGCGCAGACAUCCAAAUCCGAAAGUAUUCCUGUAUGCUGCCAAUAAGACGACCAUAAAAAUUUACGGAGAUCGCAUAAUGUAUUUAAACCUUGGUUUGAGAAGAAAAUUCCAAUGGAAGUUUAUCGUAGCUGACGUUUCGCAGCCCAUUGUAGGAGCAGACUUCCUGGCACACUUUCAACUUCUGGUCGACUUGCAUCAGCGCAAACUUGUUGAUAGCUCAACGAACGUAUCGCAAAGUGGCAGCGUCAAAACGAUAGACGCGUAUACUGGCGGGUUAUCCUUUAUCGACAGUGAUAUGCCUUUUCAGGACCUACUGCGAGAGUUUAAGGACCUUGCGCUGACAAACGUAACACCAAAAAAUAUAACACUCGACGUCACGCAUCACAUAAUAACUAAAGGACCACCGAUUUUUUCUAAGCCCAGGCGUUUGGCACCCGACAAACUGAAGGCAGCGAAGGCGGAAAUUCAAACACUUCUAGACGCUG